UUCCGCCGCAACACCCCGCGCGUCACCCAAUUUAAUUAACCAAUCGGCAUUGAUCCUUGUGGCUCCUCGUUCACGCGGAAUAAUGCUCACUGUAGAUAGCAGAGCGUGCGGGGCGGAUGGUGGAGGAUCAGAGAGACCAGGCUAAUCUAACUGAAGCUUUGCUUUAUCACACAAUGAGAAGUGUGCAAGAGUCAGGGAGCAGGCAGUGAUGCUCCAGCAUCCGACACACUCAGGAUGGCAGGAAACCAGUCCCUGUGGAAUUCCACACCUGCUGAGAACUUCUCUGCUCCAACCUCCGCUUCACCCUGGGACGCUCCGUCCUUCACUGUGGCGGCACGCUGCCGUGUAGCAGCCACACUGGUACUAUUUGUCUUUGCUGCUGUCAGUAACCUGUCGGUCCUCAUCAGUGUGUGCUGGGGGCGGGGCCAUCGCCUGCCAGCACACCUCCGUCCUCUCAUUGCCAGUUUGGCAUCAGCUGAUCUGGUGAUGACUUUUGUGGUGAUGCCACUGGAUGCCAUUUGGAACAUUACAGUGCAGUGGUAUGCCGGAGAUGUCAUGUGCAAGCUGUUGUGUUUCCUCAAGCUGUUCGCCAUGCACUCAGCUGCAUUCAUACUGGUGGUGGUGAGUCUGGACCGCUACCGUGCGAUCCUUCAUCCUCUGGACUCUCUGGACGCUGGGCUCAGGAACAGACGCAUGCUGCUUGUGGCCUGGACUCUGAGUGUGCUGCUGGCCUCUCCACAGCUGUUCAUCUUUCGGGCCAUUAAGGCUGAUGGAGUGGACUUCACUCAGUGUGUGACCCAUGGAAGUUUCCGGCAUCGCUGGCAGGAGACGGCAUACAACAUGUUUCACUUUGUGACGCUAUAUGUCUUCCCCCUGCUUGUCAUGACUUUCUGCUACACCCGCAUCCUCACCAAGAUCAAUGGGCAGAUGCACAAGAGAAAAGAUGGUGAGCAGUGCCUAAGGCGCAGUGGAACAGACCUCAUACCCAAAGCCCGGAUGAAGACCCUCAAGAUGACCAUUGUGAUUGUUGCCUCCUUUGUAAUCUGUUGGACUCCCUACUACCUCCUUGGGAUCUGGUACUGGUUCCAACCAGCCAUCAUCCAGCACACACCUGAGUACAUACACCACAUUCUGUUUGUCUUCGGCAACCUGAACACCUGCUGCGACCCUGUCAUCUAUGGCUUCUACACCGCAUCUUUCCGGGCCGACCUUGCUGAUGUGGCGGCAUGCUGCCGCGGCCACCAAGCCAACGCCUCACCUCGCUCUGUGGAUCAUCUGUCAGGUCGAAGAGCUGGAGCUGCUGGGGAGAUGGAGUCUGACAUGAGUUCAAACCAGCACAGUGGGAAUCCAAGUUAAACAGAAGUAAUCUUGCCCUGGAGAGUGAAGCACAGUUUCAAUAUACCCAGUGUCAGCCGUAUGAUAUUCAAGGCAUUCCCCAUGAGUACAUAUUGGAUUUUAAACAACUUCUAUUCUUGCCCUUUACAAUAGCUGAUCUGAAGGGAAAAGCGUCUCUCCUCAGUACCUCCUUCAACAUACUAUAUGUUUAUGGUAGCAGCAGUUCUGAAAAUGAUUGCCCUUACCAGUCCCCCACAAUGUGCUGCAAGAGCCAUGUGUGCCAAUACUUUGUCAAUUACUGCAUUCCAGUUUUAUUUGUCGUUCUCACAGCUGUGUAUGCCACGCCAGUUCAAAGGGAUGAGCACCACAUGCACAUGUGCAAUUCCCUACAUCUAUUACAGUCUGAGUAUUUUGUUUCUUACAUUAAGAGUGAAGCCUAUGUAUAUGCCUGUUUUACCAAUUUACCCACAGUGUAGUCUACUGAAAAGUAUUUACAUGUCAUAUAUAGGCUAAACAAAUACUCAUACUGUAUAUGUAACACAGAUAUGAAAUUGAUGUCGAUCUUUUUAUCUCACUGUCAGAAAAGACAAAAUAUGUCCAAAAGUGUUGAGCUUUAACUUUAAGAGUCUAUAAUUACCACUACCUCCAAGAGAAGACAAAGACUGCGAACUGGAUAAUUAUUGUUUCACUGCAUGGCUGUUUGUGUCACUGAUUGGUGCUAUUUAUUGGAUAGAAAUCAAUAGGAAAUAAGAAGAGGUCAUUACUCAAGACGAAAUGAAAUAUGUCACUGUGUAAAAAAUGUAUAUUUAACCGAUUGGAACUUGGCGAGUAUUAAAUUCAUUGUAGAAUGUAAGAAAUAACUGCUUGUUACUUAUGCAUAAGUAUAUGAUUAACAUACAUGCAAUUCAUAUUUAAUUGAUAUACUUGAGAAGCACAAUAGGAACAACACACUAAUACCAGGUAAAGGCUCCCUUUACUCUCAAACAGUUAUAGAAUCCAGAUGUUGGGAACUUUCGGCUCCAUGUUGAGUGCAUCACUUCUGCAGAUUUGUCAGCUGCUGUCAAUCUCCAGUUCUAACACAUCCCAAAGGUGUUCUGCUGGACCAUUCUGCUCUGACCUUUCUCAUCAACACAAAACUGCUGCUCACAGGAUUGUUUUUGAUUCUGGCUCCAUUCUGAGAAAAAACUCCAGAGAAUGUUGUGUGUGAAAUUCUGAUGUUUGAUGUGAACAUUAACUAAGGCCCCUGGAGGAUUUGAUGCAUAGCACUGCUGCAACAUGAUUGCCCAAUUAGAUAAUUGCAUGAAUAAGCAGGUGUACAGAUGUUCCCAAUAAAGUGCUUAUUUAAUGUGACUAUACCAACAUUAUUAUUCUCGAAAUGCAAGCAGGUGUGAAUUGGGGUCUCAUAUUUGCUUAAUAAAAGUAUUGGAAAACAUUC